AUGUCCGCCACAAAGCCUAAUUGGUGGAAAGCCAGUACGUGCUAUCAGAUUUGGCCUGCGUCUUACAAAGACAGCAAUGGCGACGGCGUUGGUGAUAUUCCAGGAAUCAUCAGCACACUCCCCUAUCUGAAAGAUCUUGGGGUUGAGACGAUAUGGCUUUCUCCCAUGUACAACUCGCCGCAGAAGGACAUGGGCUAUGACAUAUCCAAUUACCAAGAUGUUUAUCCUCCUUAUGGCACACUUGCCGACAUGGAUAAGCUCAUUUCAGAAUGCCAUGAUCUGGGAAUGAGGUUAAUUUUGGACCUCGUUAUCAACCACACAAGCGACCAGCAUCCGUGGUUUCUUGAAUCUCGAACGGAUAGAACAAACCCCCAUGCUGAUUGGUAUGUCUGGCAAGAUCCCAAGAUCAUCAGUGGGAAACGGAACCCACCCAGCAACUGGAGGUCCAUCUUUGGUGGAAGCGCAUGGGAAUACUGCGAGGAGCGCGAUCAAUAUUACCUCCACUUGUUUAUGAAAGAACAACCGGACCUCAACUGGGCAAACGAAGAAACAAGGCAUGGCAUCUACAAAUCAGCCAUCGAAUUCUGGCUUGACAAGGGUAUUGAUGGUUUCAGAGUGGACUCGUGCAAUUUCUACUCCAAAAACACCUCUUACCCAGACGCACCGAUACGGCUACCCGGCGAAGAAUUCCAACCGGCAUUCGAAUACUUCGUCAACGGUCCACGCAUACAUGAAUGGUUAAAAGAACAACGGAAACAAGUCCUGGACAAGUACGGAGAUGUCUUGAUGGUAGGUGAGCUGCCUGGAACUGGAGCUGCCGAAGUCCUGCGAUACGUAUCCGCUGAAUCGAGAGAACUCAGCUGCGUCUUCGACUUUGACGUCGUAAACUUAGGCGGCGACAAGGAAGGUGGCGCCAAAAAGCACCACACCGCCAGACAUACCUUGCCAGAAUUCAAAGAGGCCAUCCGCAAGGUUCAAGAUUUGAUCCGGGGGACGGAUGCCUGGUCAACUGUGUUCCUUGAGAACCACGAUCAGGGUCGGAGCCUGUCACGGUUUGCGACCGAUAAGCCUCAGUUCCGUGACCAAGCGGCCAAGAUGCUUGCCGUGCUGAUGUGCUGCCUCACGGGGACGCUCUUUCUCUACCAGGGCCAGGAGAUUGGCAUGUACAACCAUCCAGAGCAUUGGGGCAUUGAGGAGCUGAGAGAUGUUGACUCACUCAAUGCAUACAACGAUGUCAAGACUCGCCACAAGAGUGAUCCUCUGUGGUUGAAGAAGGCCACGAAAGGUCUGCAGCUCAUUGGCCGUGAUAAUGCCCUACUGCCUGUGCAAUGGGACUCAUCCCCGUACGCAGGAUUUACCGUUGGCAAGCCGUGGAUCAGAGUGCAUGACGACUUCAACCAGGUUAAUGUGGCAGCCCAGCUCUCUGAUCCGAACUCGCCCUUGAAUUUCUGGAAGAAGAUGAUUCAACUCCGCAAGAAAUAUGCGGAGCUCAUGGUGUUCGGGCAGGACUUCCACGUCUGGGACUACUUUGAUCGGGACGUCUUCACUUUCACUAAGACGCGCCCGGAUGGGCGAGAGAAGCUGCUUGUGUUUCUGAGUUUUUCUGAUGAAGUGCAGCCAUUGCAUUAUCCCACCGGAUUGGAGAAGGUUCGUAAAGAGUUGCUGGUGAGUAAUGUUGAGGAGAUAGGAAAGUAUUUGAGUCCGUGGGAAGCCAGAGCUUAUUUGAUCACGGAGAGCGUCGUUAAUGACCGUUAG